UUAUAGUCUUGUUUCGGUUGCGUCAGUCGGGCGCGUUACGAUGGUUGUGAUUGCAACGUACGUUUUUAUUGAUCUCGAAACUACCGGUUUACCAGAGGAGGAGAACAAUUGUACUAGAAUAACAGAGUUGAGUUUAGUGGCUAUUAAAAGAAAUCAUGUGCUCGCGACCCGCCCGGGCGCUACGCCCCGAGUGCAGCAUAAGCUGACGCUCUGCUUCAACCCGGGGAGACCUGUGGCGCCGAGCUGUACCGACGUGACCGGCCUUUGCAAUUUCCUACUGGAAUACGAACCAAGGUUUAACGUAGAAACUUUUACUAUGAUAAAUACUUUCCUCACCGUUUUGGAGAAACCCGUGUGCCUUAUAGCUCAUAAUGGACAUCGUUUUGACUUUCCAAUAUUGAAAAAUCAUUUAACAAAGCACGGAUUAAGUCUCGCUAACGAUCUUCUUUGCGCAGACUGUUUACAUGGUUUCUAUGAUGUAAUGGAGGGUAAUAUGAGUCCAAAUUUAAAUAUAAAAGAAAAUCAUUCUAGCGGGGAUGAUACAUUUGAUGAAAAUGACAAUAAAUUAGAAAUGUUUGAAUCAGAAACAAGUUUCAUGCAAAGAGAAAAUGAAAGAACUCCAGAAAAACAAAAAUUUUCAUUGAAUAGGAACAAUGUAAAAUCAAUUUCACAUGUACGUAGACAGCUCUUCUGGAAUAAGGGACCCAGUCCAAAAAAGAAAUACAAACUUUCCCAAAUAUAUGAAAGAUUGUUUAACGAGCCAGCGGUGGGCACUCAUCAUGCUGAAAACGACUGUGAAAUUGCAUUAAAAUGUUUUGUUGUACUUGUAAAUGAUAUGGUGAAGUGGUUUGAUCAAAAUGCCUGCUUCUUUUCUGAAGUCAGACCUAUGACCGCUGGUGUCCCUCUUGGUAGAUAAACAAAAAAAAGUCAGGAUAGUAUAUUUUUAAGA